CAAUAGCUUCAUCAUUAAAAUGUGCAAAAGGCAGUAUCAGUGACAUGCAGGUAUCAACUUUCUGUAAAGUAUACCCAGCAGAUUGACAUCAGUGACAUGUGGUCACAUGAUCACAAAUAAAAGGUUUUAAAUUGUCCUCUUGGUAAGAAAACAACCAUAGAUGACCUGGGAGCAGCCAUGAAUUACAUAGCUAAAUCAUUCUACGACCUACAUGCUACAAAUUUAGAUGGAGAAAAGGUGGAUUUUAACCUAUUUAGGGGGAGGGUCGUUUUGAUAGUGAAUGUUGCUUCCUUGUGAGACACUACUGUUAGGGAUUACACCCAACUUAAUGAGCUGCAAACCAAGUACCCACGACGACUUGUGGUACUGGGAUUCCCUUGCAAUCAGUUUGGCUACCAAGAGAAUUGCAAGAAUGAAGAAAUUUUAAAUUCCCUAAAAUAUGUUCGGCCAGGUAAUGGCUUCGAACCUGGUUUUACCUUGUUGCAGAAAUGUGAAGUGAAUGGAAAAAGCAUACACCCUGUCUUUGCCUACCUGAAGGACAAGCUACCUAGUCCUGAUGAUGAUCCCGGAAGCCUUAUUACUGACCCCCGGUGUAUUGUAUGGAGCCCAGUUCACCGAUCUGAUAUUUCCUGGAACUUUGAGAAGUUUCUUAUAGGUCCUGAAGGGGAACCAUUCAAGCGCUACAGCAAAAAUGUCCUUACUAUCAACAUUGAACCAGAUAUCCAAAGACUCCUUAAACUUGCCAAAUAGUAGAUCUAGAAUGUAAAUUAAACGUAGUUUAAUUUAAUGGCAAACGUUUGCAACAUG